CCCGGCCUGAGGAGCAGGGCAGCUGGAAAGAAGCUCUCCUCCGAAUGGAAACCAGAGAUCAGGCUCCCAUCCGGCAGUGACCACGUCAUGCUCAAGUCCCUGGACUGGAAUGCCGAGUACGAGGUCUAUGUGGUGGCUGAGAACCAGCAGGGAAAGUCCAAAGCAGCUCACUUUGUGUUCAGGACCUCGGCCCAGCCCACAGCCAUCCCAGCCAACGGCAGCCCCACCUCAGGCCUGAGCACGGGCGCCAUCGUGGGCAUCCUCGUCGUCACCUUCGUCCUGCUCCUGGUGGCCGUGGACGUCACCUGCUACUUCCUGAACAAAUGUGGCCUGCUCAUGUGCAUCGCCGUCAACCUGUGCGGAAAAGCCGGGCCUGGAGCCAAGGGCAAGGACAUGGAGGAGGGCAAAGCCGCCUUCUCGAGAGAUGAGUCCAAGGAACCCAUCGUGGAGGUGCGAACUGAGGAGGAGCGGACCCCAAACCACGACGGAGGGAAACACACAGAGCCCAACGAGACCACGCCGCUGACGGAGCCCGAGCUGCCUGCUGACACCACAGCCACUGUGGAGGACAUGCUGCCUUCUGUCACCACCGUCACCGCUAACUCUGACACUAUCACCGAAACCUUUGCCACUGCUCAGAACAGCCCCACCUGUGAGACCACCACCCUCACCUCCAGUAUCGCCCCCCUGGCCAUGGCCACCCCUGAUUCAAACUCUGUGCCCGCCGGCCAGGCCACCCCUUCCAAGGGGUCCGGCGCCGCCGCCACCUCCCCGCCCCCAGCCUCAGCCCCCAAGGUCGCCCCCCUCGUUGACCUGAGCGACCCCCCGACCUCAGCCCCCGCCGCCAGCAACCUGUCCUCUAGCGUCCUGGCAAACCAGGGGGCCGUGCUCAGCCCCAGCACCCCUGCCAGUGCGGGCGAGGCCCCCAAGGCCUCUCCGGCCGGCAAGCCAGUCCCCCGCCCGGCCGGGGCAGCCGGUCCCCUAGCGGUGGCACCGACGACCCCCACCCCAGAAGCCCCCCAGGCCAAGCAGGAGGCUCCCGGCACCAAAGGUCCGGACCCUGAGCCCACCCAGCCCGGCGCCGCGAAGAGCCCGGCCGAGGCAGCCAGGGCCCUCGCCAGCCCGAAGAGCGAGGCGGCCUCCAUCGGCACCACAAACCCUGCCCGGGGCGAGGACUUUAAAAUGGACGAAGGGAACUUCAAGACCCCAGAUAUUGACCUUGCAAAGGAUGUUUUUGCAGCCCUGGGCUCUCCUGCUCCCGCCGCCGGGGCCAGUGGACAAGCCCCUGAGCUUGCUCCUUCCACGGCCGACGGCGCCGUUCCUCCUGCGCCAACCAAGACCGAGAAGGGUCCUGUAGAAGCAAAGCCGGAGUGCCAGGAGACAGAAACAAAGCCAGCGCCAGCCAAAGUCAAGACGGUCCCCAAUGAUGACACAAAGGAGAACGAGAGCAAAGCAUGAUGGGUGACGAGACACCAGCAAAGAUCAAAAUAAAAAGUGACACAACAGCUUCACCAGAGCAUCUCCAAUAUCUCAUACACACACACACACACACACACACACACACACACACCCACACAUCUCAUUCCUCUAGUGUCUUUUGCCUUUAAAAAAAACAAAAAAACAAAAAACUAAGCAGAUCAACGUGGGAUCUCCUUUUUGUAGAUUUAUAGAAAGGGUUCCUUUGUUGUGCACUCACUUGUAAGAAAAUGAGACAAACAGGUGAAACCCACAGCCAAACUAGGACUCUCCCGUUCCCUGAAACCAUUUAAAAAUCAAACAAAAGGACCCCAAAUUAAGAAUCUAGGAAGCUCAGAAAAAAAAAAAUCUAGGUUCAGGAAGACCACACUUGGUGUUGCCCAACUGGCACAGACCAGGUUCAGAGAAAUACUUCCAGACACUAAGACUAACCGAAUGAACAAAGUCCAAGUUUAUUUUUAUACUUUCAGUCGAGUUUGAACUCUGUAAAACCUCAUAAAUAAAUUAUAAUUUCUGUUCACUUUGUAUUUGUUCAGUAUGCAAAGUGUGUCACCCUUUCUAGCUGAAUUCAAUUCCCACAUAGACUCUUGUUUUGUAGGAAGAAUGCCAAAUUGCAGCUUCUGGGGGUAGAUCUCAAUUUGCAGU